AUGACAGACACAUACAGCAACACGAGCAUGUUCAUCCCACUAUUGUCACUGCUUUACGCUGCUCUUAUUCUCGUUGGUCUCAGUAGCCUUGUCGUUGUUGAAGCUAUGAUGACCCCAGAAGAUAGCGUGUCAAGCCAAUGGACCGACUACCCAUUCUUUGUGGUCUUUCUCAGCCCGAUGCUAUGUGGCGGCGUCUUAUUAUCCACCAACCCUGCAUGGGUACUUACAGCUGGUCACUGCGUAAAGGGCACAUCAUCAAAAGACACCGCUGCUGUUCAAGUUAAGGUUCUCGAUUCCGCCUCUACAUCAUCAUCGUCAUGGAAGGAACAAGGACAAACAAGAGAAAUAAUUCGCCUUAUUAAGCAUCCAUCUAAAGACAUUGCGGUCGCUCAACUGACAAGUUCGCCACCUAUACGAUACGCCUCUCCAAUACCAAUCUAUUCAUUAUUAUCAUCACAAGUGAAUCAAGAAGAGACCAGCAGCAAUGAUGACGGUGACACCAUCGUCAUUGGGAAAAACGGUAUCUUCGUAGGCGUCGGCUAUCAAAGCAUUGAAUUACCGGCAGGACAAGACGCACCUAGAUCUGCAAAGACAUUGCAACAAACCAAUUUACAGGGACCUCCUCGCCGUCAUCGUCAACAUCAACAGCAACAGCACAGCCUAAUUCAAUUUUUGCAACGUCAUAUGCACGCUUAUGUCAUGGUGACUCUGGUGGACCACUUUUAAUCCAAAGACCAUCCGCACGAGCCAAUCAACAGAAACAACUUACAGAAGGAGAAUCAAACGAAAGGCGACUGGUGCUUCUUGGAGUGCUCAGUCGAAUCUACAACGUCAAUGACCUUGAUCCAGAAAAGCCGACAUGUCCAGUGCAAAACGAUCGAGAAGUAGAUGUCUAUAAUGCGUUUGUUUAUGCUGGUGCACAUUUGGAUUGGAUAUCAGAGUCUACAGGACUAUCCCAAGACAGUUUGCUC